CGGGGGGGCGGGGCGGCAGUUGAGAGAGGAGCAGCGAGUCCGGCAGUCUAGUCUGAGCUGUCGCAUCCCGGAGUCCAUCUCAUUGCCGCCACCCGGCCCGAGCUCAUCCUCGCUUCCGAAGCUCUCGCGCGCCCGACAGCUCGUCCCUCGCCAGUGACCAACAUCAUGUGUGGUAUAUUUGCUUAUUUAAAUUACCAUGUUCCUCGAACAAGACGAGAAAUCUUGGAGACAUUAAUCAAAGGCCUUCAGAGAUUGGAGUACAGAGGAUAUGAUUCUGCUGGUGUGGGACUUGACGGAGGCAAUGACAAAGACUGGGAAGCCAACGCCUGCAAAAUCCAGCUCAUCAAGAAGAAAGGAAAAGUUAAGGCUCUGGAUGAAGAAGUUCACAAACAACAAGAUAUGGACUUGGAUAUAGAAUUUGAUGUGCAUCUUGGAAUAGCUCAUACCCGUUGGGCGACACAUGGAGAACCUAGCCCUGUCAAUAGUCACCCCCAGCGCUCUGAUAAAAAUAACGAAUUCAUCGUUAUUCAUAAUGGAAUCAUCACCAACUACAAAGACUUGAAAAAGUUUCUGGAAAGCAAAGGCUAUGACUUUGAAUCUGAAACAGACACAGAGACCAUCGCUAAGCUAGUCAAGUACAUGUAUGACAACUGGGAAAGCCAGGACGUCAGUUUUACUACCUUGGUGGAGAGAGUUAUCCAGCAAUUGGAAGGCGCCUUUGCUCUUGUGUUUAAAAGUGUCCAUUUUCCGGGGCAAGCAGUUGGCACAAGGCGAGGUAGCCCUCUCUUGAUUGGUGUGCGGAGCGAACAUAAGCUUUCUACAGAUCACAUUCCGAUUCUGUACAGAACAGCUAGGACUCAGAUUGGAUCAAAGUUCACAUGGUGGGGAUCACAGGCAGAACGAGGCAAAGACAAGAAAGGAAGCUGUGGUCUUUCCCGAGUGGACAGCACGACAUGCCUUUUCCCUGUUGAGGAAAAGGCGGUUGAAUAUUACUUUGCUUCUGAUGCAAGUGCCGUGAUAGAGCACACCAAUCGUGUCAUCUUUCUGGAGGAUGAUGAUGUUGCAGCCGUGGUGGACGGCCGUCUCUCGAUCCACCGAAUUAAACGGACUGCAAGGGACCACCCUGGCCGAGCAGUGCAAACCCUCCAGAUGGAACUCCAGCAGAUCAUGAAGGGCAACUUUAGUUCAUUUAUGCAGAAGGAAAUUUUUGAGCAGCCAGAAUCUGUUGUGAACACAAUGAGAGGAAGAGUCAAUUUUGAUGACUACACUGUGAACUUGGGAGGUCUGAAAGACCACAUUAAGGAGAUCCAGCGGUGUCGGCGGUUGAUUCUGAUUGCUUGUGGCACAAGUUACCACGCUGGUAUGGCAACCCGUCAGGUCCUAGAGGAGCUGACAGAGUUACCAGUGAUGGUGGAGCUUGCCAGCGACUUCUUGGAUAGAAACACUCCAGUCUUCCGAGAUGAUGUUUGCUUUUUCAUCAGUCAAUCAGGCGAGACAGCUGACACCCUGAUGGGUCUUCGCUACUGUAAGGAGAGAGGAGCCUUAACUGUGGGGAUUACAAAUACUGUCGGCAGUUCGAUAUCACGGGAGACAGAUUGUGGGGUUCAUAUCAAUGCUGGUCCUGAGAUCGGCGUGGCCAGUACAAAGGCUUACACCAGCCAGUUCGUGUCCCUUGUGAUGUUUGCCCUCAUGAUGUGUGAUGACAGAAUCUCCAUGCAAGAAAGACGCAAAGAGAUCAUGCUGGGACUGAAGCGACUGCCGGACUUGAUUAAGGAAGUGUUGAGCAUGGAUGAUGAAAUUCAGAAGCUGGCGACAGAGCUUUACCACCAGAAGUCGGUCCUGAUAAUGGGCCGAGGCUAUCAUUAUGCUACAUGUCUUGAAGGAGCCCUGAAAAUCAAGGAGAUUACAUAUAUGCAUUCUGAAGGCAUCCUUGCUGGUGAGCUAAAACACGGCCCUCUGGCCUUGGUGGACAAGUUGAUGCCUGUCAUCAUGAUCAUCAUGCGAGACCACACUUACGCCAAGUGCCAGAAUGCUCUUCAGCAAGUCGUUGCACGGCAGGGGCGUCCAGUCGUGAUCUGUGAUAAGGAGGAUACUGAGACCAUUAAGAAUACAAAAAGGACAAUCAAGGUGCCCCACUCAGUGGACUGCUUGCAGGGCAUUCUCAGCGUGAUCCCCUUACAGCUGCUGGCCUUCCAUCUGGCUGUGCUGAGAGGCUACGAUGUCGAUUUCCCACGGAAUCUUGCCAAAUCUGUAACCGUAGAGUAAAAGACACCUGAAACUUAAGACAGCUAAGCAACACAAGAUACCUUUUGUAUUUAAAUUUUUGAUUUAAAAUAUUGCCUCCUGAAAGCCUUUUUUAGUAAAUCUUAUUUAUAUAUCAGUUAUAAUGUUCCCACUCAACUAAUGAUUUUUGUGCAAUUGCCUCAUUUUCAUUAAUACAUGGGGAGCUUGAUUUAUAGACUUUAAAUCUAAGCCUAAAAUCAGAGAGCUGUAGUUUGUUUUAAAAACUGGAUAAUGGAUUGAUUUCUGGGUCCUCCACUUCGAUCAAGGAGGCUCGUCGAGUGUUUGAGGUGCUUGGUGUUUGCUUUAGCAUAACUUGACUCAGUCAGACUGAGGAAGACCAGUGCAUAGCAUACAGUUGGAAUACUCCCAAGUCCAUGCGUGCCAGUGCUGGACAGCCACCGAAGGCUUUGCUGCACUGUCUAUAAAUAGAAGAUGGCUGUAGGUUAUUUUGAAGCUUGUUUCUGUUUUAUUUUUAAAUCAAACUGUACACCAAAAAAACCUUGAUGAGAUUUAUGUCUAAGUGUAGUUAAAUUAGGUUUAGACACAUCUGCCAUCUCUGUAGGUAGUGCAUUUGGGUCCUCCACAGCUGUAUAGAAGACCUUUGGAGUUGGGCAAAUUUGUACCGUCAGACACUGACGUCUGGCUGGACAUGUGGAGAGAGGACACGGAGAUCCUUCUCUGUACUCCUUCCUCGCCUAAUCGUAGUUCGCAUUUUCUUGCAGCUGUAGCGCUUAACUGAAAAACAAAUACUGUUGAGCGACAGACGUCGUAAUUGCCUUUGUGAUCAUAGCCCAGAGUCGCUGUCAAGUGGAUGACAUGCCGAUGUUAUCGGGCAUGCUCAGCUCUUUCUUCAGCUUUGCAAGAAGAGUUUCCUGCAGUUGUUUCCAACUCCCUUCCCUGCCUUGUUGCAGAGAGCGUCCCUUGGUGCCAGUCUGGAGUUCUUUCAGUUGCCCGGGAGAUCAGCACACUUUGCUGCUCAUGUGACCCUAAGUGUAUGAUAGGCUAGGCACAGACUUGGCACUGCGGGAGGCUGUCAGUUUCAGGGUUGCUUUCUUGAUGUUUUCCUUUGACUGUCUUGACUCCUGUUCUGGAACGAGUGCCGUAUACAGAGUGAUUCUGUCAUGCCUUCAGCUGAUAGUGUCAGAAAUGCAAGUCAGCCAUUCGGAUAAGAUAUGUAGAAAGGACAUAUGUGCAGAGUAGUUUCUUCGCGGAGCUCCUUGGGCCGGAUUGUGUGGGCAGUGGGAAGGGAUGUUAUGUUGGGUUAGGUCCAGUGUUUCAAAGCCUGUACCCUGAGAGUGCAGUGGUGAGUGGAGCUGGAAGCUCACGCGUUGCGUUUGGACUUGAUGGUGGGCAGUGUGGUAACGCUUGUGAAGGCGGUUGAAGGAAGAGUUGAUGUCAUUUUAGGUAUUUUGGAAGGCUUCAGUCGCCCUGAUGGACAAGGCCGCAGGUGAUACUCCACACCGCUGCUUUGGAUAUGUUUCUCAGUUGUGUUUAUCUCUGGGACCUCACGUUAGCGUGGCAAGGGCGUAAAGUCUGGUGUCUGGUGUCUGGUGUCUGGUGGAGUAGCACAACUGCUCAUGUUUGGGCGUGGCUUUUGUUUGGUUUGGUUUCUGGCGUUGCCUGUGUGGCUCUGGAGCACAGGGGGUGAUGUUGGUAAGCUGAGACACUGAAAUUGGGAGACCGUCCGCUCAGCUAAUUACCCAGAGUCCUGUUGGAGCUGUUUUGAAUUACACAGUUCAGUCUUGCUAACCCCCUCUGUGUAGCAGAGCAUCACAACUUUUCUUUUAAUCCACUCACCAGUUUCCCUUCCAUUCACACUCCCAAGCUAGAAUACAUGCUAAACCAGUCAGAAGCCCAAAUGAAGACCAGAGCAGUGUUGUCUAAACAAAUAUUAUUCUUUUCCAUAUCCCUUGUUGCUUUCUACCUAAAUUCUUUUCUUAAUUCUUACACCUAGAUAUUUUAGUGAGCCAAGACACUAGGUGAGUAGGGCCCACUACUUUGGUAUAAUACAGGACAUAGAAAUCUAAUUUUUCAAAACAAAAAUACCCCGUAAAAGGGUGGCUUUCUAUUAAAAUUCUUCCCCACCUCCCAGCCCCCUUUAUUUUUUUUUCAAGACAGGGUUUCUCUGUGCAGUCCUGGGUGUUCUGGAACUUACUCUGUGUAUUAGGUUGGCCUCACAGAGAUCUGCCUACCUCUGCCUCCAUAGUGCUGGCUGGCAUCAAAGGCAUAUACAUCUGCCUGGCUAAAAUUCUUUUCAUUCUUUCUUUUUAAAAAGUAACUAUUUUAUUUAUUUACAUUUCAAAUGCCCCCCUUCCUGGUCUCCCCUCCAUGAAUGUUCCUCCCUAUCCCCCUCCCCUUGACCUCUAAGGAGGGCACUCCCCCACUUCCCCUCCCCCUUCUCAGGGGUGUCAAGCCUCCACAGGACCAAGCACAUCUAAUGGUGUGUUUAAAGUGUAAGUUCCCACAUUCCUCCUUACCUGGAGUAGCUGCUAGGCAGGGAGGAUGGUGAGGCACCUGACACAUGGCCUGGUUGAUGGUUAUUACUUGGAAAUCAGCUUUAAAAAAGAAGACCAGCCCAUGCCCUAAGAGUAAGACAGUUAAAAAGGGAACUGCUCACUCUUAGCCUGUGACUGGCUCAGGGCUGGGUAUGAGCGGGCCGCUGGGCAGGGCAACAGAGUUCCAACUUCAGAGCAGGUCUGACUGCCCCUGCGGGGCCUUGUGAGGCCCAGGUGGAGCUGGGAUGGGGUACUAAAUGCUGUGGAUGUGUUUGUGUACCAUGUUCAUAAACUUUCCCUAGCCUGUCCAUGAAACAUGGAUCUACGGUACCGUAAAGAACAGUUAAUAAUAGGACAAGCAGUUGUGUGUCCCUGUUCCCCAGAGGGAUGUCGAAGAGUACUGUGCAGAAGGCUCUUAGUUCAGAACACUGACAUUGGCUUUUCUCUAGCGGGUUGUUUCUGAGGUGACAGGGUCAUAUUCCUUCAGUCCAGGCCUCUUGCCUCAGUGGUUCUGAAGAUGGGAGGAAAGGUGCCUACAUUUGGUCCCUAGAAGAGGGAAACUAAUAUACUUUCACAACACACCUCUGUCUUUGGGGUUACUCUUACCUUUUUUUAUAAUUAGGAUAUUCUAGAGCAAUAAAAGAGACUAAGGUUACCAGUUUAUUAUAUACUUUAACUUUUUUCUAAAAAAAUAAUAAAGCACAAUGUCAUUGGAAAAUGUUUGUUAAAAAAAGAAUUCAUAAUUCACAAUUUGGAAAGGCCAAAGACAUGGAGGGGAAAAAGACAUUUUGGUUUAUGACAUCCACACGUUUAGUGAGGUGUGUGUACAGUAAUACUAGGCAGGGUUUUAAGCUUGGAAACAGAUUUCAGAUGGCUUUUAUUUAGUUUCACAUUCAAAAGUUUUAACAUAAGUUGGUCUUUCUCACUAUAUUUAAAGAUUGUUAAUUAGUAUUUCAGUAUCUUUAUAGCUUGAAUUUAAAUAUAUCCUCAGUCUGGGAUGGUGACAGAUAACAAAACUGUCAGUAUUGGCUUUGAAUAGUUAAGUCCAUAGUUAUGAGCAAGACGGCUAAGUUUUGUUGUGUUAACUGUCAGUCUGUACUCGCUUGGUAGUGAUGCUGUAAGAGCUGAUGGGGACAUCUUAGGAAAUGCUCACCUUAUUUUGUCUGUACUGGUUUCCAGAGGGUGUGGAAAUGGUCUUGCUAACUUUUGAAUGUUCUCUGGUGAAUGUGUUUUCCAUUAAUAAAGUUUUGAUAUUUGUUUAAAUUAUACUUCUGUGGGACUGGGGAUUAGAAUAUCAUUGCUCUGUUUUGAUUUUGUAUUCUUUUAAAUGAAUGUUUAGUUUUCUGAGCCAGAUGGUUAUUUCAUCCUUGUGUCCUGUUCAAUCCAGUGACUACACCGGAACUGUGAAUAAAUUACCCAAAACCUU